AUGGAUAGUGGAGGUGUUCAACAAAUUAUAUCAGCUCUAAAUUUAGUUUAUGAUCCAAAAUCAACAAAUCAACAAAGAAGAGAAGCACAAGAAUUCUUAGAAACUAUAAAAUCAAAUGAUGAAUCACCUUAUUGGGGAUUUCAAUUAGCAUUACCAGAAAAUAAUGGAUCAAAUUAUAUCGUAAGGCAUUUUGGUCUAUCAUUAUUACAAGGGUCCAUAAGAUAUAAAUUUCAUACAUUUGAUUCAACAAAAAUAUCUGCAAUAAAAAAUUGGAUAAUUGAAUUAUCAAAUAAAGUUGAAAAUAACGAUCCUCAUUAUAUUAAAGAAAAAAUUGCAUUUUUAUGGGUUGCAUUAGCUAAAAGAAUUUGGGGUUGUUAUCUUAUUAAGACUAGAGAAGAUCAAGAAGAAACUGAAAAUAUUCUGCCUAUUAAUACAAGAAAUGAUGAAGAAAAUGGAAAAUCAUCAACAUCAUCUUCAAAACAUAACGUGACAGCGCAAGAAGCUGAAGAUGGUUGGGUUUCUUUGGAUUCAGAUUUAUGGAAUUUAUGGAAUAGUAAUAUAACAUGUCGUGAAUUAUCAUUAAUAAUAAUAAGAACAUUUUUUGAAGAUAUUUACUUAUUGGAUGAUCCAAUAGCGUCGAAGAAUAGUGUUAUACUAAACCAAUUAUCUGUAUUAAUAGUAACGCCAAACAAAGUUUUGGAUUUAAUAUAUGAAAAUAACGCAAAUAUUACAAUCUGCAAAGCAUCAACUGAUGGAUGGUUUAUUACAUGGUCAAAUUUUUUACAAGAAAUCAUAUCAAGUAACGAUUAUAAUAAUGAUGAUUUUCAAAGAUUUAUCACCAAAAUUUUAGGAACUUUUAAAACCUGUUUGCACUGGGUUCAUCCAUCAGUACUAAGAGAACAAAAUAUUAUGCAAACUUUAAUAAAUCUAUUAACUAUAAAUAAUGUCAAAAUCAAAACUCUAGCAGUUGAUUGUCUACAUAUUAUAUUCACCAGAACUUAUUCACAAGAUGAAGAUUUUGAUUUUUUUAUAGGUUCAAUUUUCACGACGGAAGGUAUCAACAAACUAUCACAAUUCUAUCAAUCAUUACAAUUAGAUCCAGAUGAUAUUGAUGAACAAGUUUAUUCGUUAUUGAAAAAAACAGUGGAAAUGAUUGUAUCAUUGAGUGAAUAUUUAAAUAUAUCUUCCAAACAUAAAAUAGAUUGGAGUCGAAGUGAGGUUGAUGGAUAUCUUAGUUUAGUUUUGAGAACAACUGAUCAUCCAAGUUUAAUCAUUAGUGGAUUAUCACUACAGAUGUGGGUAACAAUACUAAGAUAUGAUGAAUUAAGUGCUAAACCACAAAUUAUAAACGUUAUGAUGAAGUUAUUGGAUAUUGCAGCUGAUAGAACUAUAAAUUUCUUAUUGGAUGAUGAGCAUGUUUCCAAGAAAUUCUUUGAUGUCGACUUUGAUUCAACACCUGAUGCAACAAGUUUUUUACAAAAUUAUAGAAAAUUCAAUGAAGACAUUAUAAGAAUAACAGUUUGUAAAAAACCAGAAGAUGGAUUAUUAUGGUUAGAAAAUAGAUUACAAAAUUUUUUCAGUUCAGAAGUUGGAAAUCAAUGUAUUAAUAAUUACAACAUUGAUGAAAAAUCAAAAGCAUUCAAUUAUGGAUCUUCACAAUUUAAUACUAUUGAAAAUAGUAUAAGAGGUAUAUCGAGAUGGAAAAUUUGGUAUAACGGAGAAGAUUUUGAUGAAAUUAAUGAUAGAUUAUAUAAACUAGUUAUACAAUUGGGUGAAAGAUUAUUAGCAAUGAAUUUAGCAUCACCUUUGAUAAUACGAAGACAAGUUCAAACAUUAGUUCAAUUUGCACCACUUUUAAAAGAUGUUAAUAGUGGAUUAAUGUUUCAAAUAUUGGAAAAGAUUUUAACAACAGCUACAUUCCCAUACCCACCAAAUAUCUCAGAUGAUGAUAUGGAAUUAAUAAGAGAUUUAAGAGCAAGUUGUGGUACUGAAUUAAAUAGAUUAGCUUAUAUAAUGCCAGAAGCAUUAAAAAAAAUAUUUAAUGAUUUAGAAAAUGUUGUUGCUAAUAUUUUAUCGUCAAAAAAAGUUAGUGAACACGAAAAUGUCGCUUUCAAAUCAUUUUUAUUAGUAAUUGCUUCAAGAUCAUCAAUUGAUGAUAAAAAUGACUUAUUUGCUAAAAUUGUUGAUCCGGAUUUAGCUGCUUGGUCAGCACCAGAAACCGAAAAGGGCUUAAUGGAUUUACAUUGGUUUAUGGAAAGAAUUGGUAUAGUACAAAUUGCAUCAUAUUUUCAAAAAAGAGGUAUCACUGCAACUACAAAUCUUUUAGAAGCUACAAUGGAUGAUGAAGGUAAACAAUUAAAAACAAAUUUGAAAGAUCAUUGGAGUUCCAUAUUCCCCAUAAGAGCAACUAGAAUUUUUAUUCAAUAUAGUAUAGAAAAAUUAAAUCAUGAACUGCCGGAAUAUUUAAAUUUAUUGAAAUUAUGGAAACCAAGAGUUCAACCUAUUGUACCUCAUGUAUUACAACUAUUAACUCAAAUUCAAGCAUAUCAUGAUCCAGCAAAUUGGACAGACUUACCAGCUGAAGUUCAAAGUUUUGUUAAAUAUAGUUGUACUGAAAGAUUUUGGCAACAAGGUGUAUCAAUCCAAUCAAAAGAAACUUUUAUAGAAGAAAAUGUGAAAGCUGCUUUGACAUUAAGAGAUUUUGCUGAUUCUGUGGGACAUUUAAUCAGAUAUACAAGAGAAUAUGCAUUCUUAACAGUUGGUUCAUUAGCUCAAUUAGAAGAUACAUUAUAUGAAAUACCCAAUAUAGCAUCAAUGAUUUGGAAAGCUGUAGCAGGCGAUACAGUAGGUGUAACACUACAUUCUUGGAAACAUAUGAUAAAUAGUUGUCUUAGAGUUGUUAUAAAGUUUUGUCCUGUAAAGUUUGUUGAAGUAUUUAUGAGUGAAUUAUUACCAACUGCAUUGAAUGAUAUUGAUGAUUUAAUUGUAUCAAAAUGGGAUAGAGUAUAUAAAAAUGGAUUACAACUACAAGGUAAUGAAGACGAUGAAACAUUAUCUGAAGAAAUGAUGGAAGAACAUAUGUUAAGACAAUUAACUGCAACUGUUGUUAGACUUUUAAUGGAUAUUGUUGGUCAAUUCAAUGCUAAAACAAUGUCAGAUACUCAAUUUGCGUGUAGGAAAUUAGUCAUCGAGAAGAAAGAAGUAUUGGCUCCGUUUUUAAAGAUAUGCUGUCACAUUAUAACUUUUAAAGAUACAAAAUGUUCAUUUAAUACAAUUUUAGUCAUUAGAAAUAUAAUAACAGAAGUAACUUUGAAAGAUGAUGAAGUUGAUAAAUUCCUAAGUGAUUACUUGAUAAAAGCAUUACUUCAAGUAUUAUUGGAUGAUUACUUUAUAGAAACUCACGGAGAAGCAGCUAUAGCAUUAACAUCAUUAUAUUGUCAAUUAAGAUCCAAAAAUGAUUACGCAGCAAGAAUAUUAAUCGCAAAUCUACCAAAUAUUAAACCACAAGAUAUUUCACAUUUUGAAAAUUUACUAGUUUCUUCAAAAUCAAUAAGACAUCAAAGAUCAGCACUAUUAGAAUUAAUUAAAACUUCGAAAGAUAAUGGUUCAAAUUUCAAUGAUAAUGAAGAGCUCAAUAAAAGAAAAAAAGAAUUAGAUAAUAUAUCCAAAAGAAAAAAAGUAGGAGCUGGGAAUUCUGAUGUUAUGAAUGAUCCAUUUGUUGAAAAUGGUGCAUUAGGUAAUUUAUUUGGAGAAGAAUUGUAA